UUAGUGUCUUCAGCAGUUUCGUUAAGUAAUGUAAAGUUAACUCCUCUAUACAUGGCACGUGAAAAUGAGCAGUUACAGAAACUACUAUGAUUCUACUUUUGGACGAAGAGCUGAGUCUGCCGGGAAGGCAAUACCAGAACCAAGGCCUGCUCCUUCUAGAAUUGCUACCAGAUAUGGAGGCACAUAUACUAGCAGCAUUGGAUCAUCUAGAGAUUCAGCUCGACAAGACUCUUCAAGACUUAAAACUUCCUUCAUUGAUAAGGAUACAUCUCAUCCACCAGUUUCAUAUAAAUCUCCGCUGUCUCGUACAUCUACACGCUCAAGAGACCCAAGUCCAUCUAGGGACUUAUCAGAGAAAAGUACCACCUCAUCAAGCUCAGGUUACCUGAACCCACAUAGGCUCUAUCCUAAGUCAUAUGUUAGAUCUAAUACAAGCAGAGAAGGCACACUAUCUCCCACAGGUAGCACAAGUAACUUACCUAAGCUGAGUGGCAGCAUCAGAGCAUCUAGUUCAUCUAAAGAUAGUUCUGUUGCAUCAAAAUAUAAAAGUUCACGAGAAGACUUAUCUUCUGGCUCUCAGAAAUAUUUAACUAGCAGGUUUUUGCCAAAAAAUUCCGUAGAGAGGAGUUAUACAGCUUACACUAGACCAUCUACUGUCAGAACUCAUGAGGUAUCGAGAAAAAAUAAAGAAUUACUGACUGUAUUACAUGCUCAACAAGAGCAAGAAAAAGCUAGCAGUAGACCAGCUAGUAGGUGCUCUUCAGUAGCUCCAGAGGAUAUACCUAAAAUUGUUAAAAAAGCUUCCCCAGAAAAAAAUGUUGAGUGCCCAAAACAAACUCAGAUGGAAACGGUUAAAAUUAUGACGAGAGGUACCUCACCGAACUUGGGAAGUUCUACCCAUCCUAGCUUUUUACGUAGUAGAAGAAUUGAACUUGCAAAAACUAUAGAAAAGACUGUGACAAGACCAAAGACAGUUAAAGGAAAUAUGAUUGAUAAAGGAAUUCAAUCUGACAGAAUGGAUGAUUCUACCAGAUCCUCUAGGUUUGCUGGUGCAUCUAGAAUAAGUGCAACACCAUGGACUAACUUCCUCGAUAUGAAAUUUAAUAGUCCAAGUAACAAAAAAGACAAAAAAGGUAAACAAGAUAGUACAGAGAGCCCAAAAAGCCUUUCGAGAACUAGCUCAACAAACAGCAUAAUUUCAAAAAAGUCUGAUAAGGAUCUUAAAAAACCACUGACAAAAUCAAAGCUUACCCCACCAAAGCAAUUAACAGAUAAGAAGCAACUACCACCACCUAUACCAAAAUCAGACUCAUCCAAUAAGACUAAUUCAUUACAUUCCCUCAACCCAUUAAACAAAGAUUUUAGAAAAUCGGUGCUAAACAUGAAUCCUGAUGGUAACAAAACAAAAAUUGGAAGACGAAGUAAUUCUGCAAGCUCUGCUGAAUCUGAUAAUGCCGAUCCUGAUGCCACUGAUAUUUCUGAAACUCUUAAUAGCUGUAGGUCAUAUCAUACUAGCAAUUCUAGCUCCAAGCUACCUCAAAAAUCUACACCUGAAAGGCAACAACGAAGCAAUAGAUCACCGAGCUCUGACGCAAGCACUACAAAUCCAAGUUCUAGUGAAGACGAUGUUAGAAGCAGAAAAGUCUUGAGCGCUAAUUCAUCGCGAACUUCCAUAACCGCGGAUGAUGUUUUUAUAGAUAAACCUUUAAAAGUUCCCCAGAGCCCCAAGUCAAAAUGUGAUCAGGGCAAAAACGAGGCCGAAGCAAAAAAUUUCCUAAUGCGAGCUCUUGCUCCUGUAACAAAUUUAUUUAAGGCCAAUAGGCAAAGUCAGAGUGAAUCAGAAACUGAUAGAACUCCCGGAGAAACCGGCAAUGAGUCUGAAGAAAAAGUUUUUUGGUUUUUUGAUCCUAGCUCGGAGAGCACCAAUGAUCAAAGAACGAUUAGUCAGUCAAGUGCUGAACCUAAAAGAGCGACGUUAAUUUUACAUAAAGUUGAAACAGAUACAGAUCACUCCAGUGAUCAAAGCAAGUUGCAGGUAAUGAGCGAACCAAUUAAUAUGAAAUAUGGUGAACCAACGGAUCUAUGUAAGCCAAUGUCCCAAUGUCAAAUUUCGAACCCUAAACAUUCCUCUUUACUUAAGCAAGAUUCUUCAGGUGAAGCGCCAUGGUGGUUAGAUUCAAACCAAUCCAUUCCAGAGGGAGUGCAAGUCUAUUCCGGUUAUAAUGCAGAAAAUAAUAUGACUGCCCCAAUAAUUAAACCAAAAAUUCGCCACAUAGAAUCUGGUGAAAAACCUUGGUGGCUAGAUGAAAGUGCUACUAUUCCAGAAGGAGUAGAUACAUAUCCGAACUGGGUUCAGCAAAAUAAGCCUGAGGAGGAGCAAUUGCCAGUAAAUCAGAUACAACAUAAAAUUAAGCCAGUAGAUAGCGGAGAGAUACCUUGGUGGUUGAAAAAAGAUGGCACUCCACCAGAAGGUGUAAAAGUCUGGCAUCACGCUGAAAACGAGACUUCAACUAAACAAAAAAUUCGUCACAUAGAAAGUGGGGAAGCACCUUGGUGGCUGAAUAAAGAUUUUCAGCCACCAGAAGGCGUGCAAACUUAUCCAGAUUGGACACCAGAUCAGACAAGCAGCCCACAAUUUAACAACAGAAAUAAUUCUGGUAGCUCUACUUGGUGGCAAGAGAGUGAUAAAUCGAACUCUGAAUGUGUAAGGCAAUCUGGCUUAGGAGAAGGGCAUAAACUUAGACAUAUUGAUUCCGGUGAAAGAGCAUGGUGGGCCAACGAUGAAGAGUUACCUGAUCAGUCUCAAGGCAUAAAAGAAAAUAACUGUGAAAAGAUACGCUAUCCUAUAAGGCACCAAGAAUCCGGGGAGAGUGCUUGGUGGCUGCAAGAAGAAGAUCAAGAGCCUCUGGGUGAUCGAGCAAGCCCCGAAGGUUUAGAGAUGCCCAAGGAUGAUGAGCAAGGACGGCUAAGUCCAUAUGAUAAUGUACCAAUUAAUAGAGUAGCCGAAAAAAAACAUGACCAAAUUUCUUCUUUAUUUAUAUCAAAACACACGAAUAUAGAUGAUAUUCUAGGUGGUACUGGGCAGCUAUGGAGUCCUAUGAUGGACAAGAUGUUUAAGUAUGGAGCAGACGGUGAGGUGUGCAGAGAAGUUGAUGCUAAAGAAGUUAUAAUUCAUGAAGGAAUCAGUGGCCAACGAUUACUAACGGAAGAGAGUCAAGGGGCCAAAAAGUUGGAUGAUGCAGCUCUUCAGCUAUAUAAAGAUGGAGACUACGGAUCCUACUUGGAUUUAGAGGCGUCUAUCUCCGAACAACAAGAGGAGUUUGAAGGAUUUGAAUCCAACAAGAAAAAUUCGAUAGUUCUUCGCACUCAACUCUCCGUGAGAGUCCACACCAUAAUAGAAAAAUUAUCUAAUUCUGAAGGUCGAGAGCUGCGACGAGCACUAUUUUCCUUAAAACAAAUAUUUCAAGAGGAUAAAGAUUUGGUUCAUGAAUUCGUUCAAAAUGGUGGCCUGGCCUGCCUCAUUAAAGUCGGCUCUGUUGCAGAUCAGAAUUAUCAGAACUAUAUACUCAGAGCCCUGGGUCAAGUCAUGCUUUACGUAGAUGGAAUGAAUGGUGUGAUGGAUCACAACGAAACAAUUCAGUGGCUGUACAGUCUAAUUUCAUCCAAGUUUCGAUUAGUUGUUAAGACUGCUUUGAAGUUACUACUAGUUUUCGUAGAAUAUACCGAUUCAAAUUGUAUGCUUUUGGUAAAGGCUAUACAUGCUGUAGAUAACUGGCAAGGGGUUCUACCGUAUUACAAUAUUAUGAAACUACUUAAGGACUUUGAUUCUGCUGAUGGGGAAUUGCUGAUUUAUGCUUCAACUCUAGUUAAUAAAAUUCUUAAUGGUGUCCCUGAUCAAGAUACCUACUACGACCAGGUAGACUUUUUGGAGGAGCAAGGAAUGGAAAGCAUAAUUCAACGGUAUAUGUCAAAGCCAGGAACUGACUUGGAUCUCUUGCAGCAAUUCCAAAUUUACGAAGCAGUCUUGCAGUAUGAAGAUGGAGAGGAAAAGGGAAUUGGAACACCAAUAAGAGUAUUAGAUGAGAACCUAAAGAAAACGUUACGAUCAAGAAAGUCGUUGACAGGCACAACAGAAAGGCGAAAAAGCAGAAGACAUUCGACGGGUACAACUCCGGUUUAUGGAGGCUUUACUCCAAAGAAUAACAACAAUCAUAUUAAACAAGAAGAGUACGAUGAGUCCUCAAGUUCUUCAGAAGUCAAUAAUUCGCAGUUGAAUGGCAGUUAUAAGGAUAGCAACAAAGCUAACGAAGCUGGGGUGACGCCUGCUUUAAAGCGUCGUCGAGAGAGGGCGGAAAGGCAGCGAACAUUUAUGCGGGAACAACAAGAGACCGCUUUGCUUAAAGGUGUUGUACAACCGAGUAACAAUGAGGAUAUUAGCAAUAUAGAAAAUAUGAAUGGGCAAUAUACUAACGGACUUCAACAGCGUUUGACGAAUGGGAAUAAUUUGCUUAAUAAAACUCCUAGUAGGAAAGAUAUGACUCUGUAUUUAAAUGCAGUUAACCGGAUGGACUCUGAAGAAAAUAUGAAACAACGUAUGGAUGACUGGAUGAUCUCGAUGAUCCAAAAUAAGCAGGAAUGUGUGGAUGAAUCGGAAAUAUCGAACGAGAACGAACGAAAUAUUUUGAUGCAGUUAAAAAAAGAAAAUACUGUUAAAGAUAUAACUCAAAAGCUGGCCAACCAAUCAAUCCUCCAAAGUCCCACAGAAGAAAAAUCGAACCGCUUCAGCGAUAUGUGUGGCCUAAUAUCGAAAGCGAAAGAAGGAUUGGCGAAGUCCAAAUCCAAAGCUGACGUAAUGCGAAGUCCGACAAACGAAAACUUGCCAAAAAUCGAACCGAAAAAGUCGGAAAAUGAACUGAGAUGGGAAGAAUUGGUCGCAAGUUUAAAUAGGCCUUUGAAUUUGUGUGAUAUGGAUUUUACUGACUUAGUUACGGAUGAUGAGGUGGACGUGCUGGCUCCAGUUGCUCCUGCAAACGGAAUCCCUCCUCCACCUCCUCCUUUGCAAAUCAUAGGCAGUGCCCCUCCUCCUCCACCUCUAUCUAGUAGAAUACCGACUGCUCCUCCUCCCGUACCUUGCGCACCUCUUUUUGAAUCCCCUACAUUAAGGAAUAAUAAUAAGAAUACGACUGAAGCUACCAAAAUACCUAUUAAGAAAACCAAAAAAACAACCAAAUUGUUCUGGAAAGAAGUGCGGGACGACCCCAUUACUCAAACGAAAAUUAAAACUGGUUACAUUUGGGAUGAGCUGAAUCCAGUUAUUGUAGAUACUCAAAAGUUGGAGCACUUGUUUGAGUCUAGAGCCAAAGAUUUACCGUCUAAGAAUAAACAAGAACACAAUAAAAACAAAGAAAUCAUCGUGCUUGACCCCAAAAGAUCAAACGCUAUUAAUAUUGGUAUGACCAAGUUGCCACCUCCACGGUCAAUUAAAACCGCUAUUUUGAAAAUGGAUGCUACUAUCAUGAACCGGGAAGGUAUUGAAAAGUUAUUGACAAUGCUACCCACUGAAGAAGAAAGGACUAAAAUACAAGAAGCCCAAGCAGCUAAUCCUGAUGUACCUUUGGGUAGUGCCGAACAGUUCCUUUUAACUUUAGCCUCGAUCUCAGAGCUCCCCGCCAGACUGAAACUUUGGGCAUUCAAGUUAGACUUUGAAAAUUCUGAGCGAGAAAUUGCUGAACCUUUGAUGGACUUAAAGCAAGGGUUUGAGGUUCUUAGGGUCAAUAAAACUUUUAGAGCUAUUUUAAGUACGCUUUUAUCUGUGGGCAACUUUUUAAAUGGCAAUGAAGUUAAAGGUUUCCAAAUAGAAUAUUUAACCAAAGUACCUGAGGUAAAGGAUACUGUCCAUAAGCACUCUUUAUUGCACCAUUUAUGUCAUAUUGUUAUGGAGAAGUUUCCAGAAGCCACCGAUUUGUAUUCUGAGAUUGGUGCAAUUACUAGAGCAUCUAAAGUCGACUUCGAUGAAUUGACUUUAAAUAUCCAAAGAUUGGAAAAUGACUGUAAGGCUUCUUGGGAUCAUUUGAAGUUAAUAGCAAAGCAUGACGGUUCAACGAUGAUGAAGGUUAAAAUGUCUGAUUUCUUGGCUGAUUGUGCUCAAAGGAUUAUAUUACUGAGUAUCAUACAUAGAAGAAUUAUGAAUAGAUUCCACAAAUUUCUCUUAUGGCUUGGAAUACCUUUUCACCAAGUAAGUGACACAAAACCAAACGAGUUCUGCCGUAUUGUAUCCGAAUUUGCUCUGGAGUACCGAACAACUAGGGAGCGCGUGCUGCAGCAGUUAGAGAAAAAGGCAAACCAUAGAGAAAGAAAUAAGACCAGAGGCAAAAUGAUAACUGAUGUGGGCAAGUUUAAAACAAAGGAGGAUCGGGCUGAUGCAGAAUUAAGGCAGCUAUUAGGAAGUGACAUAUCUGAUGUAGAAAGUAUGCAAGGUACUUUACCUUGGAGACAUCGUAGAAGAGACAGCAAUACCCAAAGUAAUACCCUGGGUAGAAAUAGCACAGGUCCAAAUGGGCAUUUAGCAGAUGGGGACGAUGAAAUCCUAGAGAGUUUGGUAAAAACCGCAACUAAAGGGCCUAGAACGGCACCAAGGGAGAGAAAAAGGACGCGACAUGCAGAUAGAAAGUCAUUACGAAGGACACUUAAAAAUGGCCUCUCCGAAGAAGAAAAGAAAAUUUUAUCGACAACCUACAUCAAAGGCUACUAAUAAAUAUAGAGUGAUAGCUUAAGAAAUUUCCAGUGAUUUUAAAUUUUAUUUAUAAACACUUUAUUUUGCGUAGGAUUAACGUCAUCAUACUACACCACCCGUGGAUGGUGCUUUUAUAAGAUACGUUUGUUGUAUAAUGUAAACUAUUGUGAAUGUGAUAAUAACUAAAAAUCUCUUAAAGAACCUUUGCUUGAUAAGUAACUAGGAAUUAUUUACCAAGUUGUUUUUUACAAUAACCUUUAUUAAUUUUAAGUAUUUUGCCUUUUUUUUAAUAAGCACUGGUAUUUAUUUUUUUCUUCUUUUACAAUAAGACACCGAGUCUGCCUUAAUUUUUUGUUAAAUUUUUAUAUUUCGACUUUCUCCUAUUAUAGUUAGAAUUUCUUCCUUAUUUUUUGCUGUGGUUUUUUAGCUAGUAAAUUGUAUUUUUUUUGUUUUAGACUAUUACCUUAAUAUAGUUACGUGAUUUUGUUAAAGCAAAAA